AUGCCCUUCGCGCAGCUGGUUCUAGGCAGUCCUGGCUCUGGGAAGAGCACGUACUGCGAUGGCAUGCACCAGUUCAUGGGCGCCAUCGGCCGCGCGUGCUCCGUCGUGAACCUCGAUCCGGCCAACGACCACACCAACUAUCCGGCGGCGCUCGACAUCCGGAACCUCGUCAAGUUGGAAGAUAUUAUGCUAGACGACAGACUCGGGCCCAACGGCGGCAUCCUAUAUGCCUUGGAGGAGCUCGAGCACAACUUUGAGUGGCUGCAGCAAGGCUUGGCAGAGUUUGAGAACGAAUAUGUUCUGUUCGACUGCCCGGGCCAGGUUGAGCUCUACACUCAUCACAAUUCGCUCAGAAACAUCUUUUACAAGCUCCAGAAACUGGGCUUCAGGUUGGUCUGCGUGCACCUCUCCGACUCCAUCUGCGUCACACAACCCUCUCUAUACAUCUCAAAUGUCCUCUUGUCCCUCCGAGCCAUGAUCCAGAUGGACAUGCCACAUGUCAACGUGCUAUCCAAGAUCGACAAGGUUUCGUCGUACGACGAGUUGCCCUUUAACCUCGAGUACUAUACCGACGUCGACGACCUGACCGAGAAGUUUGGUAGACUCAACGAAGCCGUUGCCAACAUGAUUGAGAGCUAUGGCCUGGUGCGAUACGAGGUUCUGGCCGUCGAGAACAAGAAGAGCAUGUUGCAUCUGCUGCGGGUCAUUGACCGCGCUGGCGGGUACGUCUUUGGGGGCGCCGAGGGUGCCAACGAUACCGUGGGCGAUAUCCAGGAGCGGUGGAUCGACCAAAAGGAAGAAUACGAUCGGAUGGAGCGAGAGGCCGAAGAAGAGCAGGCGAGGGUAGCGCGAGAGCAGGCCAUGGAGCUUGAGCAGUCGCAGCCUGCCGCGCCCAGUGCAGCGGAGGAUGGGGAUAUGGAGAUGGACCCGGACUUUGGGAACAUGUCGAUACCAGCAGAUAGCGGAGUCAAGGUGACGAGGAAAAAGUGA